AUGCGAGGAGCAACAAGUUCAAUGUAUAAUGAUCAUUUACAUUGUGUUACAAUGAAAGUAUGGUUUAAAAAUGGUUUAAUGUUUGAAGAAUCAUUUCCAAUAGAAAAAACAACAUUUGCUGAUGUUAAAUAUUCAGCUAUUCGACAAUAUUUAACAAAUAAUCUAAGUUCAUUAAAUUAUCGUCGAUCAUCAUUUAGUACAAUUGCAACAACUAGAAAUAAUUUAUCGUUAGAUGAAAUUGAGAAUUAUAAAUUAAUAUCGAUUACAACAAAAAGAAUCGUUGAUGAAGAGAAAACUUUAGGACAACAAAAAGUUAAAGAUGGAGAUGAAUAUCUCUUAGCUACAAAACGUACGACACAAUCUUCUAAAGCUGAACAAAAUACAACAUCUUAUACCGUUGAUGCAUUAUUAAUUGAAAGUCGAACACAAGAUCUACCAAAAGUUUUACGUUCAUUCAAUCGAGAUUAUCGUUCUGCUGCUCGAACAGAAUUUCGUACAGAUCUGAAUCGUAUAUUAAUAACUCUGAUAGAAACCUCACAGAAAUUACUUUGGUGUCAUCCAGAUGCUGAAAAUAUCUUUAAACAAGCUGAAGAAUUUCUUCUACGAUCAUCCACAUCACCCGAAGAAUCGGCUAAUCCUACAACAAUCUCAACAACAAAUCAUGAUACUGAAACACGUCGUGGUCUAAUAAGUAAAUUAGUAGAAUUAGGCUUUACUGAACAACAAGCACGAAUUGGACUUAAACGAACGAGAUAUGAUCUUUCUGCUGCGAUGGAUUUAAUUCUUGCUCGACCAGAUAUUACCGAUGAUAAUAAUGAAAGUGAUCAGGAAAAUGAAUCUCCUAUUAUCAAUAAAUUCGAAAGUGAAAGAAAACCAUUAUUUUCACGUAAUGGUACAUUUAUCUCAUUUCGAAAAUUUCGACAACAACGUUUUCAACCGAAUAUGAAAGCAAUUCAAUCAUUAAAAGAAAUUGGUUUUGCACAGGAUGAUAUAGUAACAGCAUUACGAAUGUUUAAUAAUGAUAAAAAUCUCGCGUGUGAAUAUCUCCUUAGUGAUAAACAACAACAACAAAAUAUGAAUGAUGCUGAAACUGAACAAGGUCUUGAUCCAAAUUCAAGUAUAUUUCAAUCAAUUAUGCAAAAUUCUAUUGUACAAAGAACAUUAAAUAAUCCCAAAACAUUCUUUAUUAUGUUACAAAUAGCUGAAAAUCCAACAACAAUAACAAAUUAUUUAAGUGAUCCUGAGAUUGGAAAUAUGCUUCUACAGAUAAGUCGAAUAUAUCAUGCAGAAAAAGAAAAUAUGAAUACAACAACAAUAACAACAACGACAACAACAGCAACAAUAAAUAAUCGACAUGAUAGUGACCAACAAGAUGAAAACUUAUCGAGAACAACAGGAAGUAUUAGUGGAGAUUUUGAUGAUGAUAGUGAUUAA